CCAAACUGGUCCAGAACUGCUCCGUAAAAACUCUAAAAACAAACUUUAACUGAACUGAUUCUGAAAAAUCCCUGGAACAUUUGAGGAUGUUGCAGUUAUAUUUGCCUCCAGCAGAGGGCGCCGUUUGACGCCUCAGAGAGCCUUCAUCAGCCCAUACAAAGACAGAGGAAGAGGAGCAGCGGGUCCAGUUGAAGUCAGACUGAUGAUGGCUCCCAGCAGGAUGGAGACCAAACCGGUGAUCUUCAUCCUGAAGACGCUGCUGCUGCUUUACUCCUUCAUCUUCUGGAUGACAGGUGUGGUCCUGCUCUCGGUGGGGUUGUGGUGGAAGUUCAUGUUGGGGCCGUACAUGCUGCUGAUCUCGGGCGGACCCUCCAACGCUCCGUACGUGCUGGCCGGUACCGGCGCCGCCAUCGUCCUGUUCGGACUGUUCGGCUGCUUCGCCACCUGCAGGGGUCGGCCCUGGAUGCUCAAACUGUAUGCAGUGUUUCUGUCUCUGGUUUUCGUGAUUGAACUCGUCGCUGGAAUCUCUGGAUUCAUCUUUCGUCAAGAGAUUAAAGGAACCUUCCUCACGUCGUUCUCUGAGGCCGUCAUGUGGUACAACGGAUACGAUGAGAGGAGCAUGGCAGUGGACAGCGUCCAGCGCACAUUACACUGCUGUGGAGUCCAGAACUUCACCAGCUGGUUCAGCAGUGUGUAUUUUCCUGCCAGCGGUAUCCCUGCCAGCUGCUGUGUUACCUAUGUGGAGUGCAGCAAAGCUGAACUGAAGAAUGUGACUCUGGCUGCACACAAAGUCUACAGACAGGGCUGCUAUGAGCUGGUGGUGUCCUUCAUAGAGAACAACAUGGCCAUCAUAGCUGGCGUGACCUUUGGCAUCGCCUUCUCUCAGGUGGUUGGGACGUCUCUGGCCUGCUGCUUGGCCCACUUCAUCAGCACCAACCAGUAUGAGAUGGUCUGACAGGAGAACAGAGGACAGGUGUGUCCUGGAAUCCUGUCUGACCAUCUGCUGUCUCCAAGACAACGCAUCAGGAGGACGUCACCAUGGAAACCCGCAGACACAAACACACCGUCUCAUUGUUUCUUGUAUUUAUUCUGUUUUAUGAGGGUUUUUGCUGUUUUAGCUGGUUGCAGUGUUUCCAUACGCCCAGCAGAGGGCGCUGCGGUGUUAUUACAUGAUAAUAAAGAGCUGGAAGCUGCAGACCAGCUGCGGUCUGUUUGAACCUAGAGCAGGUUUAAGAUGAAACUCACAUUUUACUCCUUAUGUUUAGAAAAUAAAAUCUCUCUGUGGGACUGAAGCUGUGUUGAUCUGAUUAACAUUAAAUAUUUUAUCUAAAGCAAAUAAUCAGAUGUAAAACUGAGAUUUCUACCGACAUUUACACCAAUAGAUUCUCCUCACUGCAUUAUAAAAAUGAUAAAGUCAAUAAAUACUCCCGUUUAUGACAGUUUCCCACCUUCAGACUCUUACCUGAGCCUAAACUACACUUCCUUCAAAGUAAAAGCCUCUUACAACUGCUGUU